GGAGAUUAGAAAAGUACUGUACAGUGCACGCCCACGAGAGGUGGAUGUUACUACGUCGUUUGGCUCCGUCCGGUCAGAGAAUAUAACACAACUUUUAGCCACCUCUUUUUCUAGGUCCUCCAGAUGAGCGCCGCUCAGUGGUUUUAUUUUUAUUUUUUAAAUUUUUGUAUUUAUUUAUUUUUUUAGUCUAAGGCGAAAACAAUGAGAGAAAAGUUAUGGGCAAGGGAGGAAAAUUAAGAACAAGCUAGCACUGUUCGUGCGGAGAGGGAGACGGGUUAAAGAAUUAGCCGGGCAGGACCGAGGGACAACAGGAUGGGGAUGGAUCUCAGCACUCUUCGGACACUCAUCAGCAGAUAUUGUGUGGGUGAGGAAAACUGGGUGGACAGCAGAACAGUCUACAUUGGACACAAGGAGCCUCCUCCAGGAGCAGAAGCCUUCAUUCAACAAAGAUUCCCAGACAACCGGAUAGUGUCAUCCAAGUACACAUUUUGGAACUUCAUCCCCAAGAAUAUGUUUGAGCAAUUCAGGAGAGUGGCCAACUUCUACUUUCUCAUCAUAUUUCUGGUUCAGCUGAUCAUUGACACACCUACCAGUCCAGUCACCAGUGGACUCCCACUCUUCUUUGUCAUCACAGUUACGGCAAUCAAACAGGGUUACGAGGACUGGCUGAGACACAAAGCAGACAACGCCGUCAACCAGUGUCCUGUCCAUGUGCUGCAACGGGGCAAAGUGAUCCGCAAGCAGAGUCACAAGUUGCGGGUGGGAGACAUAGUCUUUGUGAAGGAAGAUGAAACAUUCCCCUGCGAUCUCAUCCUGUUGUCCUCGUCCCGAGAUGAUGGGACCUGCUAUGUCACCACAGCCAGUCUGGAUGGUGAGAGCAGUCACAAGACAUACUAUGCAGUGCAGGACACCAAAGCUUACAACGUCGAGAAGGAAGUGGAUUCAAUCCACGCGACCAUCGAAUGUGAACAACCACAGCCAGACCUGUACAAGUUUGUUGGUCGCAUCAACAUUUACAUGAACAAUGAGCCAGUGGCGAGGCCAUUGGGAUCAGAGAACUUGCUUCUCAGAGGAGCCACACUGAAGAACACGGGGUACAUUUACGCAGUUGCCAUCUACACUGGGAUGGAAACAAAGAUGGCUCUCAACUACCAGUCCAAGUGUCAGAAACGCUCUGCAGUAGAAAAGUCAAUGAACGCCUAUUUGGUGGUCUACCUAUGCAUUCUAAUAAGCAAGGCCUUUAUCAACACGGUGCUGAAAUAUGCGUGGCAAGCUGACCCUAUCAGAGACGAGCCCUGGUAUGAUCAGAGAACUGAGGCAGAGAGGCAGAGGCACAUUGUGAUCAGGGCCUUCACAGACUUCCUGGCCUUUAUGGUCCUAUUUAACUACAUUAUCCCCGUUUCCAUGUAUGUCACUGUGGAGAUGCAGAAGUUUCUGGGCUCCUAUUUCAUUAUGUGGGAUGAUGAGAUGUUUGACCAUGAGCUUGGGGAGAGAGCAGUGGUCAACACAUCAGACCUGAAUGAAGAGCUGGGACAGGUGGAGUAUGUAUUUACUGAUAAGACGGGGACGCUGACAGAGAACAACAUGGAGUUCAUUGAGUGCUGUGUGGAUGGACACGUUUAUGUAGCCCAAGCGAUCUGUAAUGGACAGGUGAUGCCUGGUGCAGAUAGUAUGGACAUGAUUGACACAUCACCAGGUCCUGAGGCCAGGGAGCGCGAGGAGCUGUUUUUCCGCGCGCUGUGUUUAUGCCACACUGUGCAAGUGAAAGAGGAGGACACGGUGGACGGCAUCAAGCAGGGCAUCCACCAUGGCAAGUCCACUUCCUUCUACAUUUCUUCAUCCCCGGACGAGGUGGCGCUUGUGGAGGGCAUGAAGAGGCUUGGCUUCACAUAUCUCAGACUCAAGGAUAGUCACAUGGAGAUAUUGAACAGAGAGGAGAAAAUUGAGAGGUUUGAACUCCUGGAAGUUCUAACCUUUGAUUCAGUCAGACGGCGGAUGAGCGUCAUUGUUAGGGCCAGCACUGGUGAGCUGUACCUUUUCUGCAAAGGAGCAGACUCGUCCAUCUUCCCAAGGGUCAUAUCAGGCAAGGUGGAUCAAGUCAGAGCUCGGGUGGAGCACAAUGCAGUGGAGGGUCUUAGGACACUCUGUGUGGCAUAUCGGCCUCUCAGUCCAGCACAGUACCAGGAGGUCUGCCUGCUGUUAAGUGGAGCCAAGUUGGCACUACAGGACAGGGACAAACGGCUGGCAGAGGCUUACGACAUUAUUGAGAAAGACCUCAUCCUGCUGGGAGCCACUGCUGUGGAAGACAGACUGCAAGAAAAAGCAGCAGACACCAUUGAGUCUCUGCACAAGGCUGGUAUGAAAGUAUGGGUGCUGACCGGUGACAAGAUGGAGACGGCAUCUGCCACUUGCUACGCCAGCAAACUUUUCCACCGCAACACGCAAAUCCUGGAGCUGACUACCAAGCGGACAGAGGAACAGAGCCUUCAUGAUGUCCUGUUUGAUCUGAGCAGAACGGUCCUCAGGCAACACGGUGGCAUGACCAGGGAUAUUUCUGGUUUAUCAGGUGACUACAUGGACUAUGGCCUCAUCAUUGAUGGUGCCACCCUCUCAACGGUGAUGAAGCCAGGCCAGGAGGACUCCAACUCAGGGAACUACAAAGAGAUCUUUCUAGAAAUUUGCCGUAAUUGCAGUGCCGUACUCUGCUGUCGAAUGGCACCUCUUCAGAAAGCGCAGAUUGUGAAACUGAUCAAGGCCUCCAAGGAGCAUCCCAUCACACUUGCCAUUGGAGAUGGCGCCAAUGAUGUUAGCAUGAUCCUCGAAGCCCACGUUGGCAUAGGUCUCAUGGGUAAAGAGGGACGUCAGGCUGUGAGGAACAGUGACUAUGCCAUCCCGAAAUUCAAACACCUCAAGAAGAUUCUCCUUGUCCAUGGACACUAUUACUACAUACGCAUAUCUGAACUUGUUCAGUACUUCUUUUACAAGAAUGUCUGUUUCAUCUUUCCGCAGUUCCUAUACCAGUUCUUCUGUGGUUUCUCACAACAGCCACUGUAUGAUACAGCCUACUUGACUCUGUACAACAUCAGCUUCACUUCGCUGCCCAUUCUGCUCUACAGUCUCAUCGAGCAGCACAUCAACAUGGACAUCCUGAAGAAGGAUCCAUCUCUGUACAGAGACAUUGCCAAGAACUCAUUACUGCGGUGGCCCACCUUCAUAUACUGGACUGUCUUAGGUGUAUAUGAUGCCAUUGUGAUGUUCUUUGGGGCUUACUUCCUGUUUGACAACACCACCUUCACCAGCAACGGACAGCUAAUGACAACCAACACACAGAUGAUGUUUGGAAACUGGACCUUUGGGACGCUGGUCUUUACGGUGCUGGUCUUCACCGUUACGUUCAAGUUGGCCCUCGAUACCCAUUACUGGACCUGGAUCAACCACUUUGUAAUAUGGGGCUCACUUAUCUUCUUUAUGGUGUUCUCCCUGCUGUGGGGCGGAAUCAUCUGGCCUUUUCUCAACUACCAGAGGAUGUACUAUGUAUUCAUGCAGAUGUUGUCUAGUGGGCCUGCCUGGCUCAGCAUAGCACUGCUGAUGACAGCCAGUCUGCUACCGGAUGUGCUUAAGAAGGUCAUUUGGAGGACACUGUGGCCCACUACAACAGAACGUAUACAGAAUGCUGAUAAACUCUACAAGGGUCAGCUUUCUGAGUUCACACCGCUGUCGUCUAUCCAUGCCGCUCCCAAGGCUGGCAGCUGCCGUCGAGGUUCCGGCAACCACAGGAACACGCCUAACCCUACAAGGUCUGAACCUUUUACCAAGAAAGCCAUGUUGACGCGCUGGCAAAGGCCACAAGACUAUUGCACCUUCGCGCCACUGCUGGGAUUCACUGAUGUCAACCGCACCUCAAGGCAGGGCCACACCUACAGUGGGGCAGGGCCGGAGACCUCGGUGUAAUUCAUUAAUAGUCAUACAACAGUUUUUGGAGCAGAACUAAUUGAAUUCUGUUCAAAUGGACCAGAAUCUUCAAAGUCGAGCUAAGCUAAUUUACCAAUGUCACUGAGCUGGAGUAACAGAAUAUGUUGCUAAUAGAAGGUAUGUGUAACCCAACUGCAAGGUGUUGAAAGUGACCUUCAUGACUGUUUCCAAGUCAGCAGCUAAGCAUGGCACAAAGCAUUGUGAGAUGGCUGUAAAGAGGACUACAUUCCAAGAACGGCUCAGUGUCACAGCAUCACAGUUGAAGAUUAUUACUGGAAACACGCGCACUGGCCCUUUAAUUCUGAAGUGCAAUUGGAAAGUUAAAAUAUGUUGUUGUUGUUGUUGUUUUGGUAUUAUGAUGGUUAAUCAACCAUUGUCAUCUAUGCAGACUGACAUUGCGAUGAUGACGACCAUGAGAGCACCUCGAGCCACUAUGAGCUGAGCAAACGUCUCCCUCUCCUUGCUUCCUCUUUCUCACUGUCUGUGUGCUCUGUGUCUUCAUAGGACUAACCGGUCAUGCCUGCAUGCAAAUACAUUGUCCCGAAACACUUCAUAGGACUCACUGCAACAGUGUAAGAAAGGCGUCUCUAAAGAGGGCUGAGGCCUACGUGUUUACAGUUGUAGGCCUCUCCACGUAGCUAGUCUAGCUAGUGUCUAGCAUAUAGACAACAUUACAGUAUGUAUCGUGAUUUGCCUGUGUAUAGUAGAUAUUAUAAUAGCAUGUUUUCUGCCAGCGCUUUACCUGUCACCCUUUAGUUGUGGCCCUUUUUCCAAGGAAUCUUCUGCUAGCAGUGGUAGUUUUCACUGUGUGCUAGGUGUCUCGUUGCCUUCACGUUGUGUGGUGAAUACUGCAUUGCUCAUAAUUACCGUAGGUACAGAGCGACAACGUUUGGUCAAACGUUUGUCACAGAAGUGUAUUUUCUUUAUUCAGCUAAAAGUAUACCCUGAGUAGCAAAUAUCCCUAUCUAUCCAAUUGCCACGUGCGAAUUUCAACUGCCUCCUCUCCUGUCUUCUUUCUUUCUCCUUCACAUUGUCCUCCAGUUGUUGUCUCUGUGACAAUAACGCUGGCGAUGUGGUCCAGCCCACGUGACCACCAGCUUCACUUUGUCUGAUCUUCAUCGUGGCGUGUUGCUGCCGCGCCAGUUCGUGAAUAGAAGUAGAGGAAGUGUUACUCUCUACUUGUUGUCUCUGAACCAAAGCCUUGUCGCUGCUUCUGAUCUUUGUAGCUGCUUCCUGUUAGGUGCCUUGUGCUAGCUGAUAUCUCUGCGAUGCAGAGUGUGUGUGUGUGUGUGUGUGUGUGUGUGUGUGUGGGUGUGUCACUUAGCAGGUGAAUGUAAGCACAUCUCACUCCAAAAAGCACUGGAAACCAGUCAAAGAACAAACUGCACAAAAUGUUCAACCACUUACGUAUAAUUUCAUUGUUUGUAUGUAUUUUUUUUAUGUUUUAUAUGCUGCACAUGUGGGAAGACUUAUUCUAUUGCUGUCAACCAAAUUGUGACUUUGUAAUGUACAUGUAUUUCUUACAUGAGCAUCACUAUUUGGACUUGUGUUGCAGUUAGCCCAUGACAGAAGCUGUUCAUUUACAUUUGUAUCUGAUUUCCUCAUGUACCUUUUAGUUAGACUGUGGUACUUAAAUUUUACUAUCUGGUGACAGUAUUGACUUGAAACCAAUAAACUGGAUUGGGAUGGACAAAACA